GGCCAGCUUGGUUACGCCUCUGACCUCCCCUCCCCUCCGUCCCCUGGACACGCACGGCCUCCUCUGCUGGUGCUGGGGCCUGCGUGCUCCGCUCGCUCGCGUCGGCUCCAAAACAGACACAGGGAGAAGAGAGACCAUCAGGAAAGGCUUCCUUCGCCGGGCAUUCCGAUCGAGGCGGGGGGUUCGUUUUCGUCAGGGAGACGCAAAGGAGAGCUCGGCCCGCGAUCCCCGAUCGGAGGCCGUCGAGCUUCGUUCACCUCGAGUUCGACGAGGAGGCGCUACCGCGCCAGCAGAAAGCCACCACACUUGCAGGCCUUGUCGUCCGAGGAUGCUGCAGAAACGAUGGCAGGGAUGCGCCGUCUUCUUGCUCGCCUUCCUUCUCUGCGACGCGUCAGGCAUAAUGAUCCCCUCAGAAAAUUCUCCGUCAGAGUUCGCCAAGAUCGUUCAGUCUAAGCAGACUAAGCAUGCUCGCGUGUGCAGAGCAGACCCCGAGCUGCUGCGAUCCCUAGCGGGCAGCGACGCAGAGGUCAUGCUAACCAUCCCCAACGAGCAGCUGGAGCACAUCGCCGAGUUCCAGGAGGAAGCCGACCUCUGGGUCAUCACCUACGUCGCGCGCUUCCUCCCGGCGGCGAGGAUCACGCACGUGCUGGCGGGCGACGACGUGCUGACGAACUCCCCCGGGAACGCCUACUUCCUGGUCCCGGCGAUGCUCAACCUCCGCUCGGCCCUCGCCGCCGCGGGGCUCGACGGCCGGGUCAAGGUGUCGAGCGCGGUGUCCGCGGAGGCGCUGACCGCCCCGGCGUGGUCAGGCGUCGCGGGCCACGUCCUGCGGUUCCUGAAUUCGGCCAGCUCGCCGCUGCUCCUCAAGUCCCGCCAGUCGGAGGCCAGCGACGCCAAGGCCGACGCCGCGUACGGAGCGAUGCGCGCGCUGGGCGUCCCGGGCGUCCCCGUGAUCGCCGCGGACCUCGGAGCUGGCGGCGGCGAAGUAGCGGCGUACUACUACUACGGCUACCUGGGUGGCCAGUCGAGUGAACGGGGCAACCGGCGGUCGCUGGCGACGGGGACGUUCUGCGUGGCGCUGCAGAACGCGGACCCGGCGGCGCUGCAGGCGGGGCUCAACUGGGCGUGCGGGCCGGGCCACGCCGACUGCUCCGCCAUCCAGCCCGGCGGGCCCUGCUACCAGCAGAACAACCUGCCGGCGCUCGCCUCCUACGCCUACAACGACUACUACCAGAAGAUGUCCAGCACCGGCGCCACCUGCUCGUUUAACGGCACCGCCACCACCACCAACAACGAUCCCAGCUCAGGAUCUUGCGUUUUCGCGGGAAGCUCCACGGCGGGAGGCUCCAACUCGAGCACGCCGACGCCGGUGGGCACGAGCCCGCCGACGCCGGUGGGCACGAGCCCGCCGACCAGCUUCUCCCCUCCGACGGGAUUCACACCCCCGGUCGGCUCCAGCCCCCCGUCGUCCGACUUCAGCCCCCCGGCGGUCGGGACGACCCCUCCCUCCGGCUUCGCCCCGCCUGCUGGCGGCGGCUUCGGGCCCCCGGCCGGCGGCUUCGGCACCCCGCCGUCGGGGUUCGGCCCGCCGGGCUCCUUCAACGGCAGCGGGUCGUUCGGACCGAGCGGCACGCUCAACCCUUACGGCGGGUGCCGUGGCGCCAUGUCCGGCGGCGCCGGCUUGACUGCUCUGCUCGCCGUCGCCGUUCUUCUCGUGUCCAUGGAUGCGAUGUGAAUUAUCGAUGCAGAUAUCUGGAUUAGCUCUAGACACUAGAGAGACGUAUCACCGGUAGUGAUUAUGCAGGGAUUUAGUCGCGUCUUAUGUUCUUCAAUCUUCAUCAUCCGGGUGUUGUUGGUCAUGUUGAUGUCAGUGUCAGGUCAGGCCGGACCUGUGUAUUUAGGCGUCGUGUAUAUGUCAGUAUGCGAUGAGAGUUGUGACAGUCAUGAUGUUUGAGUCCUUGGCACAAUAAUUUUGUUUUAUGCGACACAUUAAUACAAUGAAUUUUUACA